AUGGAGGCAGCGGAGGAGCCCGGCGGCGGCCAGAGGGGCCGGAGGGCCGCCCCUGGACGUAGCGGGCCACACUUCCUGCUGUCGUCCGCCUUCCGAGAGGAGCUGUGGGCGCUCCUGGUCCUGGCGGGCCCCGCGUUCUUGGCCCAGCUGAUGGUGUUUCUGAUCAGUUUCAUAAGCUCCGUGUUCUGUGGCCACCUGGGGAAGCUGGAAUUGGAUGCUGUCACGCUUGCAAUUACAAUCAUCAAUGUCACUGGGAUGUCGGUGGGAUUCGGCUUAUCUUCCGCUUGCGACACCCUCAUCUCCCAGACAUAUGGGAGCCAGAACUUGAAGCACGUGGGGGUCAUCCUGCAGAGGGGCAUGCUGGUCCUGCUUCUCUGCUGCUUGCCCUGCUGGGCACUCCUCCUCAACACUGAGCAGAUCCUGCUGCUCUUCAGGCAGGACCCGGCCGUGUCCAGGCUUACCCAGACCUACGUCAUGAUCUUCAUUCCAGCUCUGCCUGCAACCUUUAUUCAUGCUUUACAAGUUAAAUAUUUGCUCAACCAGGGAGUUGUCCUGGCCCAGAUCCUAAAUGGAGUUGCAGCCAACCUUGUCAAUGCCCUCACCAACUAUCUGCUUCUCCAUCAGCUGCACCUCGGGGUAAUGGGUUCAGCACUGGCAAACACAGUCUCCCAUUUCACCCUGGCUGUGCUCCUCUUCCUCUACAUCCUUGGGAGGAAACUGCAUCAAGCUACCUGGGGAGGGUGGUGCCUCGAGUGUCUGCAGGACUGGGCCUCCUUUUUCCAUCUGGCCAUCCCCAGCAUGUUAAUGCUGUGCAUUGAGUGGUGGGCCUAUGAAAUUGGGAGCUUCCUGAGCGGUACCCUCGGCACAGUGGAGCUGGGAGCCCAGUCCAUCGUGUAUGAACUGGCCACUAUUGUGUACAUGAUACCUACAGGCUUCAGUGUGGCUGCCAGUGUCCGGGUGGGGAAUGCACUGGGUGCCGGGAACAUUGAGCAGGCCAGGAAGUCCUCAGCUGUCGCCCUGCUGAUCACAGAAUUCUUUGCUGUAACUUUUUAUGUCCUGCUGUUAAGCUGUAAGGAUCUUGUGGGGUACAUUUUCACAGCCGACCGAGAGAUCAUUGCUCUAGUGGCUCAGGUGGUUCCGAUUUCUGCCGUUUCCCAUCUCUUUGAUGGUCUUGCUUGUACAAGUGGUGGCAUUCUGAGGGGAAGUGGAAAUCAGAAGGUUGGAGCCAUCAUUAAUGCCAUCGGGUACUACGUACUUGGUCUCCCGAUUGGGAUUUCGCUGAUGUUUGCAGCCAACCUGGGAGUGAUCGGUCUGUGGUCGGGAAUCAUCAUCUGUGUGAGCGCUCAAGCUGCUUGUUUUCUAGGCUUUAUUGCUCGGCUUAAUUGGAAAAAAGCCUGCCACCAGGCUCAGGUACAUGCCAAUUUGAAACAAAAUGUGGUCCAGGAUGGGACAUCUCUCUCGCAGAAACCGCUUUCCCCAGUGGGCCCUGAAAACCAUGACAGAAUUUUAAUGAGAGAUGUUGAAACAAAAGAUGAGACUCAGCUGGACCAGUGGAUGCACCCAGGACACCUUCAGGGCUGUCCGGGGGAUGUGACUGAGCUGACCUGGAGGCAGCUGAUCCUGCGGCGAGGGCUCCUGCUCCUGGGGGCCGCUUUCCUCUUGCUGGUGGGGAUUUUAGUGAGAGUGUGUGUCAGAACUCAGUGAUGUGGAGGUGAGAGGUCAAGUAAUCUGUUUGAACUUACAGUUCCAGUGGUGAGAAUUUUUCUGUUCAAGUAAUUCAGCUGUGCCUGUGGAUUUCAAGACCUGAGAAUUCAAAUGUACAUUUUCUAAUGAAGAAAAGGACUAAGGUAAAAACUAUGUUGUAGGCCAAGACACCGUCCAAAGAUUACAUUGGAGGGGUCAUUCAUCCACCAGCCUCAACCAAGGACUACCGUGCACUACUGUGUUUGUCUAUGGCUUUGAUAUUUCUUUUGCUUACUGGUUUUAAGAUGCCAAUCCAUGUGCUGAGUGCUUAAGGAUUCUUACCACCUGGGUUAUUUAGCAUGUAUUUUACAACAUAUUUUUCCUUGUGCCUUAAGAGUAUUAUUCAGCAGGCAAACAGCAUUUGUUAGUGAUGCCGGGGUUCUUGUUCAUGGAAUUGUAGAAUGAACUUCGCAAACACUCAAAGUAGGAGAGCAAGUGAGAGCUUUUAUUUAGAGAUAAAGUAAGAGGAAAGAGCUCCUGGUUCACAUGGGGAGCGGACAAGAGAGUCCAAGGUGGUGUGCUGUCUAGAGGAUUUAUAGGCAGUUGAGAGACAAAGGGCUAGUGAUGCAGACCUGCCAAAUGGUCCCCAAAUGUUUAUCUUUUAAGAGGCACUAAGUUUCUUAUCAGUCCUCUGGGUUAUUCUGCAAAGUUAGCUUAACACAAGAAAUUUACCGCUUUGAUUCUUUUCCAGGACAGCAGCUUCUUGGUCUGGGAGCAUAUUAAUUAAGACUGCCUGUCCUGCUCCCAAAGUGGGCUGAGUUUGUCUUUUUAUUAAAGAGCAUGUUAAGAAACUUACUUUUUAACUUCUUGGGUUUUAAAAUGCAAUCUUAUCUUUAAGAUGGAAUUCUUUCUGUUUUUACUAUGUUGUUUAUGAUUGGGCCUUGCUUGCUAAAUUAAUUGCCCAGGUUAGAAAUUAUUUGAUUAGGGCUGGAGGAAGAAAAGCGGCACCGGGGUAAAGGAAAAAAGUAAGCUGGGCCUUUAAGCAUGCUAAAGUAAAUCUUAACAAUAGCAUGAUUUAACUGACACAAUAAAGGCAUAGGCUAUACUUGAUGCUGGGGUUCUUGUUUGUGGAGUCGAAGAAUGAACUUAGCAAACACCUAAGAUAGGAGAGCCAGGGAGAGGCUUUUAUUGAGAGAUACAGUUAGAGGACAGAGCUCCUGCCUCGUGCCAGGAGGGGACAAGAGAGUCCAUGUGGUGCAUUGUCUAGGGGUUUUAUAGGCAGUUGAGGAUUUUGGGGAAUGUGAAAAUAGGGGUGUGGACUUGUUAAGUGGUCCCUGAAUAUUUAGAUUUAACAUAAGCAACUUCCUGCUCUGAUGAUUUCUCUCCGAGAUACUAGCAUCUUGGUCUGGGAGCAUGUCAAACAAGGCCACCUGCCUAGCCCCUAAGUGGGCUGAGGUAUUGUUUGCUAAAGAGUAAGUUAAGAAUCUUACUUCUUAACUUCCUGGGUAUUAAAAUGCAAUCUUAUCUUUAAAGUGGAAUCCUUCCUGCCUUGUACUAUGUUGUUUACAGCUGGGUCUGCAUGCUAAAUUAGUUGCCCAGUUUGCAAAAUCACCUCAUCAGGUCCGAAGGAGGAAAGACAGCACAUGGGCCUGGGCAUUUUAGCAUGCUAAAGUGAGUCUUACACAUGAUUACAAAUGAUCAUAAUAAGAACAUGUGCUACUCUUCUUUACCUGGGGAAUAUUAACUGAUCUCACUGAUGAAUGACUCUAGAGCUUAAUGUUUAACACAGAGUUUUGGGAGCGGGUUUCCUUGCAUGUAGUUAUAUUGCAUUGACUGCAAAUAUCUUUUUCCAGGGGCCCUCACCCUACUUUGACUACACCCAUGGUCUGUCUCAUACUGAGGUAUUUUCUUAUCUGGGGGAUAUUUAAAACAUUCCAGGUCAAGUUACUCCUGGCUUUUUAGUUUUAACUAAUUUCACUGAAGAAUGCCUAUAUUCCUAGUUUGAUAUUUUUACCUUAGAGAAUUAAUGUGACUCUGACUGCUUAAUGUUUGAUGGGGAGUGUAAGUCCAGGGAGAGGAAAUCCCCAGGCAAAAUACCUCUAAAAGCCAAAAUCAGUCAAAGGGAGAAAUAAAGUUUAAAAUCCGUUUAUUGCUCACAAACUGCAGUCCUGGGCCAUCUCUCUUUCCUGCUCCAGCAGAAGCAAAACCAGCCCUCCC